AUGCUCUUCGGCGACCUUCGGUGGUCUCGCCGGGUUUUCCCGUCCAGCCGCCGUCAUCAAGCAGUGGCGUUGCCUUCCACGCAUCCAAUGCCACGCGGCCGAACAAUCUCAAUCUCCGUCGACGACGUUGAGGAGGUCGGGGAGUUCACAACCAAGCACCUCAAGAACCUCUUGGAGGAAGAAGGAUCUUUGAAACCUGGUCUGCUCAGGGAGCAAGUGGCCCACGCGUUGGAGCUCCCGCUGAACUGGAGAUUCCAGCGAUUGCACGCGAAGUGGUUCAUUGGGGCAUGGCAAAGGGAUCCCGCCAUGGAUCCUGCUCUGCUUUUGUUGGCCAAGUUGGACUUCAACGCACUGCAGAACAUCUACAAGCGAGAACUUAAUGAACUCUCAAGAUGGUGGAGGGAUCUCGGGCUUCCCCAGAAGCUGCCAUUUUUCAGAGACAGAUUGACCGAGAACUAUUUAUGGUCUGUAGUCUUUGCGUUUGAGCCAGAUAGCUGGUCUUUCAGGGAGAUGGACACAAAGAUGAUUUGCUUCAUAACAAUGAUCGAUGACGUUUACGACGUCUAUGGAACGCUCGAUGAGCUAGAAAUAUUCACUGAUAUUAUGGUGAGGUAA